CUGCGAAGGGGAGGAGGAUGGCCGUGUGGUAGGCUUGUGGUUUCACAGCUUCAAAAAAACGGACAGCGAGCACCGGACUUCCUCAUCGCUUCUGUUCACAGAGCUCACUUCGGAUGGUCUUUUGAGAGAUCACACUUUACAGACGACAAAGGGAACGACAAAACAGACCUUUCUUUCAUCCUAUCUACAGAUCGCUCGGUAAGAUGUUGCGAGCGCUGCACAUCGCUGUCUUUCUGAUCAUCAAUCCCACCUGCGCUGAGGCCAUUGGAGACAUGGGGAUAUGCUACAUCCUGGAUGGGAUUCUCAUCGUUUACGGCAUCAUUCUUACCGUCUUAUACUGCAGACUGAGGAUGGUUCCAACCAGCAAAACGCCAGCCAAUCAGCCCGAGAAGACUGCAGAGGGAGGCAUCUAUGCGGGUCUGACUUCACACAGCACUGACACGUACGAGACUAUCAAAAUUGAGAAAAAGCCUAUCGUGUGACCAAAGACGAAGAUUUGGUCGCAGAGAGGACGCCGAGCGCGGAAAGACAAUGUCGGAUCUCGUGAAGCUUUAUACUGUAUAUUAAGUUUUGUUAAAGGUCCAGUGUGCAACAUUUAGGAGGACCUAUUGGGAGAAAUUGUAUAUAAUAUUCACCUGCACGUUUAAUCACCUAAAAAUAACAAGUAUUAUGUUUUUCUGCCCUUCAUAUCUACGGACAGCCCGAUUUUUCUCUUACUCAUGUUGAAUGUUUUGCGUUUUUCUUGCACAGCCACCGUACUUUCUCCCACACACUGGACCUUUAACCUGUGCCAGGUGUUUGUGCAUAAAGUUUCUAUACAUUAUUUUUCUCCCUUGUUUUAUUUUUUGUAAAAAACAACAACACCAUACUACUACCUUUAUUCCUAAACUUUAUGUCAUGCACGCAUGAAAUGUUUAAAUUAAUGUAACAAUUUAUUAAUAAAUGCGAUGUCGGGAUGGAUUUUCCUGCGUGAGACUUUAAUGUUUCGCAGCUGGUUGUGCCUGUGAAAACAGAAGUUGGAAUUUAUCUUUAGCUUCGGUUCAUGUGUUCCCUUUUUUUUGAAUACCACAGGACUUGUGCUUCUCUAUGUGAAAAUGAAAUCGUUAAAAUCAAUAAGGGCUGCAACUAAGUAUUAUUUUUUUUUGUUAACAAAUGAUCUGUUGAUUAUUUUUGAUUCAUCUUUAGGAGAACAUUCUGAAAAAUAUCCAUUAUUGUUUGACUAGACUCGACUUAGACUCGUUUCUAGUGGUUUUAAGCUAUUCAUGAGCAUAGGAAACAAGUUGAUAUAUUUUUCACAAAUUAUAACAAAUCUCAGGUUAAUUUCGUUUGAAACUUUGAAGCAUCGAGCUGGUUAUCGUAUCACUGUUUGAAUCACACACCAGUUGUUUAAUGACUGUAGUAGCUUUGUAAUAUUACCUGUUAAUUUCCGAAGAAAUCUUUCACCACAAUUAGUUUCCUUAUAAAUAAACAUUACAGUUAACCAGAAUUCAGUUCAGAGUUUCCAGACGGUAAACAUCUCUUUUCUUUCACUGUGAAAACCUGUUUCCUUCUACCUGCAUGUCUACAUAGAAACAUAACUGGAAAUGUAUUUAAAUCAGAUUUCAUAACACCAUGUCAACGCUCUGUGCUGUUUCCCCCGAGGCUUUUCACAACGACACGACAAACUCACUCACAUAUCCAGAUGUGUGUUGCAACACCUUAACAUGGGAAACCGAACAUGGUUGACAUAAUGGGGUCAUUGUGGUAAAAUGAGUAUACAUUAGCCUAACAUACCUGUUUCCUCAGUUUAAUUCAUUCAUCAUUUAUUCAUGUUGUAACAUAAUUAUUAAAAGUCUUUGAAUAAACA